GCCACUCUCCUGAGGCUGAAAAUGAGAGCGCUGAUCAUCUUCCUCCUCCUGGCCACCAGCUCCUUUCAGACCUCACAAUCUGUGAGGGUCGUGGACAGUGGGUACAGUUUCUCCCUGGAGGCAGUGAAGACCCUGCAAAAGCUUAUGGAGACUGACAUGAGUACGAACCCGCUACAGACCUACGGCGGCGCAGCGUCCCUUUGUGCCGACCCUGACCUGCCAGGAGAGUUCAGGACGCUGUGCGAAAAAGAUGAUGCUGACAAAGUCUUCCAAUGUCUGGUGAAAAUCAUCAGCCCUAUAGACCCCUGUGAGAUCUGCGCCAACGUGGCCUGCACUGGCUGUUAGAGCGGACACACUCCCAGCAUCCCAGAAUUCAUUUCUACAUUAGGGCUGUCAUAAGGUAUCUAUCUACAGAACAGUGGGUAAAAUAUAACAGGGGAAAACACAUAUUACUCAUUUGAUUUUUACACGAGAAAUAGGUUUUUAUAUUUGUUUCAUGAAGUUUUCGGUCACAUAGUUGGCUAGACAGAAGUUGGUUUUGAAUGGAGAUACUGCCACCUAGUGCAUCUAAAAACUAUUUAUAUAACAUAUACUUAAGAAAAUGAAGCAUUUAUAUGUAUGCAGAGUGGGGAAACAUUUCUGACUAUAUCCUUUUCGACUUGUGUGAAUAUGUAUUUCUAUAAUAACUAUGCAUGUUUAUUUCUAUUUAUAUAUGUCAUAAUACAUUUGUACAUACACAUAUAUAAAACAAAUAUAUAAAUUCA